AUGCUCGCGCAGAUAGAGCUCUACGUGGUCUCAGUCGCCUUCCUGCUUCUCUUCCUCGUGGCGUUCGGCUCAUUGAGGCGUCGGACCAACAAUUCGAUGCUCAAUGUCGUGUUGUGGGCGGCGUACACUCUCUCGGGCCACUUGAUAACGUACACGCUCGGGCUAAUGCACGAAUACCCGUUCCGCAGCCCACUGUUCCCGCUGUGGGCAACUUUCUUGAUGAUCUUUCUUGGAAGCUCAAACUCUUUCUCUGCAUAUAGUCUUGAGGACAACGAGCAGUGGAAGAAAUAUGCUUGGCAACACUUAGUCAUGUUCAUAGGGUUACUAACAUUGUGGACACUCUAUCUGACCACCUUGUCGUCAAGGCUGGCGGUUUUCCUGCUCCAUUUCGUCCUCCUAGUGCUUAAGACCACAGAGAGAGGACUAUCGCUCAUGUCGGUGAGCGCGUUUGGCCGGCACCGAAUGACAAAAUGGGUCGCAGAUUAUAUAAGCUCCAAGCAUCGUUGCCUGGAUUCCUCCAAAGUUGAUCCCAUCACUAUGAAAGGAUAUAAAUAUGUGGUGAAAGUGCAUCGGACCAUACUCGAGAAAGUCUUUGGCGAAGUCGCAGCACCAAAGGCAAAUUCCAAAACGAUUUCAGGAGAAGGCGACGAGAAGGAAGUCAUCACCAUAGAAAAGGUGUGGGAGUGCAAAGGGUGGCUUUUGAGAUCAAACGGGGGAGACAGGGAUUGCAGGGUCAAGGAUAUCUGUCUCUCUUAUUCGCUCUACCUGCUUCUCCGUUUGAAAUUUUCACACUACUCGUUGCCGGACGAAGCUUAUCAGAAGGCAUGGCGCUUGAUUCGAGAAGGAAUUCUUCAGGAAAAAUAUGGGUAUAAGCGAGCAUUUCGAGUCGCCGAAGUCGAGCUUGCCUUCCUUCACGAUUUUUUCUACACCAAUUACCCCAUCAUUUUCCAAGCGCGCCUUUGGCAGCUGAAAGUGGUGGAGCUUUUGUAUUUGAUCACUGGCACCAUGCUAACAGUUGUAUUCCUGAUGCCCAAGGCCAAAGAGCCCCACCAUGUUGUUGUCCCAUUGGUGACAUCCAAUGGAUUGAGCAUCGACGUUCUUGUUACUGCGGUCGUUCUCAUGGUAUUCAUAUGUGUUGCGCUCGUUCAGCUCUUUCUGAUGGCUAUCUCCGAUUGGGCGAAAGUUACAUGGCUUUGCAACUACGUGGAAAAGCCGUCGUGGCAUGACUGCAGGCCCAUCGAGAAGCUGAUAGGAUUAAUAUGCCGGGUAAAUUUGAAGCCUUGGGAAAGGAAACUUCGCCAAUACUCUUUUCUCGAAUCGUACAAUUACGUCCCUUCCAGAUUGCUCUACAAUUUCUGCACAAUCAAUUUCAUCGAUGUCGUUAGGAGAGGUCAAAAACAAGGCGCUCCCGUUAGAUUGUCAGAUGAAGUGAAGGAGGCCGUGUUUGAUUCUCUGAAGAACUGGGAUGGGAAAUUGGAGAAUGGACAAGCUUCUUUGAGACUAAACGGAUUGACUAAGCUCUCUUGGGCGUGUAGGCUCAAAACACAAACUGAAGUUAUAAUGGUUUGGCAUAUAGCUACGAGCUUUCUUGAGCACGAGGUUAAGGUUUCAGGUAGAAACUUCCUUGUAGCAACUAGCUUGUCCAAAUAUCUUGCCUAUUUGGUGGCAUUUGCCCCGAGAUUGUUACCUGAUCACCUUUACGACGCGGAGAACCAAUUCGACCAAGUCAUCCUUGACGCGCGGCAGGUGCUUGACGAGUGCAAGACAGAUCAAAAUAGAAUCAACAAACUAAAGGAUAUCGCGAAAAAACGAGAAAAAACGGUUAUGAAUCGGGGCGCGCGGUUGGGGGUUCAAUUGCUGAAAGAGGACACACAGCGCAUUUGGAAGAUCCUGGCUGAGUUUUGGGCCGAACUAAUGUUGUAUGUGGCGCCAUCGGACAAAGCAAAAGCGCACGUCAAGCACUUGACAAAGGGAGGGGAGUUUGUGACUCUCUUGUGGGCUUUGGUCUCUCAUGCCGGUAUAGAGCGAGGGCCUCGUAAGCCGCAAACUCUCAAGCGAAGCCAAAGCUGGACCAUUAAUAUUAGCGAUGCAAAUAUGGAGGCGAGGGUAGAGGAGGAGGAGGAAGAAGGGGAGUCGAAGGUGGAGAGAGCGAAGACGAGGAGGGCAAGGGAAACAAGGAGGGCACAAAUGGAGAUGGUGGAUUGGGCUCUGCUCAGGGAGCAACUGAAGUGGGUCCUUCUGAAAGGGGAAAGAGAAGGAGGAGGAGAGGAGGAGGAGGACAAGAGCUUGGGCUUGUUGACAAUGUCGCACGAACCAGAAGCGGAGUUGUGCCGGUGCUAG